GCUCAAGAUUAAUGUUGAUGCCACAGUUGCGGUAAAUCCGUUGCGAUGUGGUGUUCAAUAAUCGCAGUAUUUGCCUUUUCAGCCACGAUUCUAGUGCAUCCAAGCACUGCAUUCACUGUUGUAUCUACAACUAGUAAAUCGGAUGGUUCUAACGAGUUAGACCAACUUGCUUCAAAAAUCGAACAAAUUGAACAUAACAUUCAAACUAUACAAAAAGUUUCGGAAAACCAAAAUCAUGCAAGUGUCAAAUCGCGUUUCCCGAAAAACUGUAAAGAAAUUCAAACCAAUGGUAAUACCAUUUCUGGCGUCUACACCGUCCAGCCAGAGUUUGCCCCAAAACCAUUUCUGGUUCUCUGCAACAUGGACAGCCACGGCGGUGGAUGGACCUACUUCAUGAACAGAUUUAACGGCAACCAAGACUUUUUCCGACGCUGGAAUGACUACAAGACUGGGUUUGGCAACCUCAACGACGAGUUUUGGUUAGGGUUAGACUAUUUACAUUUUCUGACAGGUUACGAAGUUAAUGAGCUGUUGAUAGAGUUGGAGGACUGGGAUUCGAAGAAAGUUUAUGCUCGUUAUGACGCUUUCAGCGUUGGUAAUGAAGGCGAGGGUUAUAUAAUGAGAAUAUUGGGAAACUAUAGUGGUACUGCUGGAGAAUCGUUGAGUUACCAUGGCGGGAUGAAAUUUACCACGACUGACAGGGAUAAUGAUCUGUGGAGAGAUGGAAAUUGUGCCGUUUAUAGAAGUGCUGGUUGGUGGUACAAUAAUUGUGUUGGAAGUCACUUAACUGGGAAAUACAUCAAGGAGAAAAGUAGUGCAGAUGCGUAUACUGUGAUGUUUUGGAAUACACUUCGUGGAGCCUAUAAUAUUAAAGUGGCCAAGAUGAUGGUAAAACCCAAAUAACAACACGUAAGAUAACCUAAUGUUAUUUCCUCAAAUAAAAAAAAAAACUUUUGUUAGGAAAAA